UUUGCCAAAGCACAGCUGUGAGAAAGUGUAGUAAGCGACUACUCUCACCAGCAGCGCGGAUCUUUUUGACACGGACUUAAAAGCCGGUCGGACUAGUGCCAGGACCGGCGCACUUGGUUGUACGGUGGACUAAUUGGAUUUGAAUGGUGAACUUGAGCCGGGAAGUUUCUGCAUAUAUUUAAUCUUUUCACGAUGCUUAUGAAAGAUGCGGCACCGGUUUGCGAAUGUUGCAAAAAACGGGUAGAGGACUGCUUGCCUUGCUGUUGAUAGUCUUGGAGUGGACCCGGCCAGGCCUACCAUCCCCGCUGAGGCCGAUCUGUGACCUGAGGGUCCUGAACCAUUUCAUUAAGGAAGCACGAGACGCAGAAGUCGCUAUGAAAUCAUGUAGAGAAGGAUGCAGCCUGUCAGAGCCUGUCACUGUUCCACAAACCAGAGUUGACUUUGAUGUCUGGGAGAAGAAAAAUGCUUUGGAGCAAGCUCAGGACGUGCAGUCUGGCUUAUGGCUUUUACAACAGGCCUUCGGCUUUUUCCAGACCUCGGUCACCAAUGCAGCGCUACACAGUCACAUCGAUAAUUCCAUCAGAAACCUGUUCAGCAUCAGUGCUGUGCUACGCAGCCUCAACAUCCAGGAAUAUACCCCAUCAGCAAGUGCAGCAGAGCUUGAGGGAACAUGGAGGGUGUCCUCAGCUACAGAUUUGCUUCAAGUCCAUGUCAACUUUCUGCGAGGAAAAGUGCGCCUCCUCCUGUUGGAUGCACAGGCUUGUCAGCAAGAUCUCAGCUGAUUCGCUCAUCUCCCUACACCAGGCAAAGCUAAUUUGUGUUUCCGAAGGCAAGAAAAGGGACCCGACACUGUUGAACUGCACACUGGCUGCUGGAAACGGUGUGGAAAGAGAAAGGUACAGCCAUCUUCACUAAGAGGAAAAAGCCAAAAGUAUAGCUCCAGCUAGGCUUUGGAUGGACAAGAACUGCAGGUGUGACACAUGGACAUGGUGAAGCACACUGGCCAAAACUAGGCCUUUCGGAAGCACUGCUCCAAUAGCUGUUCUACUGGCACUCUCUUGCACUUUGUGUGGAUGUACUUUUGCAUGUGUGAGUUCAGACUGCAAGUUUCUAAUUUGCAUGUACAGCAGUGUGUUUGUUUCCAGUAAGACUGACUCCAUACACUCACCUCUUCAGGGGAACUGUGGAGUGGAACACCCAUAAAAUAUUCAUUGCACCUGGAAAUUGAAGGACUUUGAGGUUGCGACAAGGCAUCCAUUUCCAAUACCGCUGCAAAAAUGUAUGGGGACUCACCCCACAAGCCUUUAAUAUUUUUUAGCUCUGCCUCACAGAAACAGUCUCUUCUCUUAGAUUUUUUCAGUGUAUAGUUUAAUAUAUUUUUAAAAGUUGUCAUUACUAUUUAUACAGAUUUUCUACUUUUAGGUUCCAGUCUCUGUAUUUUUUACCAUUUGAUCUUUAAACAUGUAAUUGGGCUCUCAUUGCCAUGUUCUCUUGCCUAACACUAACACUUUUGCAAAGGUAUUUUCUGACACAGUUCCACACUGCAUGUACCUUCCAUGUAAUAGAACCCAGGACUAAAAAGCAGAGGUUCAGUUAACAAGGGAGCAAGAGGUCAAUGAGUUGAUGGGUGGGGGUUACAUGAGAACUGUGAAGCCGUUUUGUCAUUACCUGUUUUUGUUGCUGCCUAACCAACACUCGACCCAUCUCAACACACUAGUGGGCAGGCUGAGAAAAAAAAUGCUGUUUGGCUUUUACAUUUAACAUCCUGUGAGGCUGUAAUUGCAAAUAGUUUUCCGGAAUCUGACGCUAACACUGUCUCCUCUCUCCCUUUAUUGUCUGUCAUCAAGCAGACAGCAGGCAAUCAGUUAGUCCUGACAACAUAAGGCUUUCUACAAAAUGGAAGCUCAAUUGUCUCGGACUAGUUAAAACUUCUUCCUUGUUUUUAUUCCCGCUGUAUAUUUAUAUCUUGUUGUGCAAGUGCAAGAUGUUUUUUAAGGAUGUUUGUACAUGUUUUAUUUCCUGUUAUUUU